UGGGCAGCGCGCCAAUGCAGCUCUGAGGACGGGACAGUGGAAGGGCGCGAUUUUGCAUCUUCAGCCUGCGGGAGGAGGACCAAAAGCAAGGACCAAAACAAUGGAAGCACAUCCAAUCACAAUUGUCAGUCUCCUUAUAGUGUUCUCCAACACGGUGAAAGGCUUCUGGUUCACGCCGCGUGGCCCUCAGAUAUACUCCUGCCUCACCUACACAGAGAAGAACCUGCGGGUGGACUGUGAGUUCCCACUGACCGAGCAGAUCCCAGGGCCGUACUGCGAGUUCAAGCAGGAUGGAAAGAUCAUCGGGACCACGUACCCCAACACUCCCUCGUACCUCAUCCCCACCCUGGAGGUGAGGCGUCGGGCUAACGUCUCUCUGGUGUCCCCCACUAUCUGCCGCCUCACCUGGGCCCCCAUGGCGGACGAGAGGUCUUACACCUACACUUGCAGGAUCUAUCAGGGCAGCAGCUGGAAGGAGAACAGCAUGGCUUUCCACCAGAGAAAUGUUCUUGUCUGCUCGGCCAUAAGCAUAGUAUCCCAGGCAGUGCCAUGGCUUUUGGGGAUUCUCAUAUCACUUCCUGUGUCUUUGGGAUCGCUGUCAGUAUGAUGAGGUGCGCUGCACACAAGAAGCAAGUCCAGACCAACUUUGAAGAUCAUUUCCUGUUAUUUUUUGGCCAAGAUUUUGUUUAUAUUCAUAUUGUUUAAAAUCAACACUAUCAUUUCUGGGCAUACAAUUGAACAUUACACAUGUACGGUACUGAUAACAAUCACAGUAGAAAUGUUUCACAUCAUAGAUUCCACAAGAGUUUUGUGAAUACUAGGGCUGUAACGAUAUUGUAUCGAACCGAGAAAUCGUGAUACUCAGAGUCACGAUACUGUAUCGCGAUACAAGGAGGCAGUAUCGUGAUACGCCCUUCCAAAGUUUUGUUACCCAUUAGUCCAGAAAGCAACCUUACGAUUUGAUGUGAUAGUAUGACCAAGCUUCAAUGGAGAUACAUUUCAGAAAUCGUGAGGUGUAUCGAACCGUUGGUCAAAAAUCGUGAUACGAACCGAAUCGUGAGUUGAGUGUAUCGUUACAGCCCUAGUGAAUACCUCAAAAAAAAGUCAGUCUCUGGUUUAGAGCAAUGUAGAACAUGGGGUCACGUGUGGACGAAUUCAGCUACACUGGUUUCUGAUUCUGAUAUAAUCACAUUCAUGACCAUAGACAUAGUCUCAUCCAUCAGGUGUUCAGAGGGCAUAGUCAAAGUGGUAUAGUUGGUAAGAUCACAAAGUAGCCUAAACUGACAUACAAGUACUAACAUAUUGUCCCGUGCUCUCUGGAGCUGGACUCUUUUAAGUAGUCAUACUGAGCAUAGCUGACAGACAUUAGGUCCAGAAGAUGAUCAACAUUGAUUCUGAGGCAGGAUUUUGAUUGGUUUUCUUGUCUGCUAUCCAGGGUAUUUGAUUUUUGCAUUGACAAAUUACGUACUUCUUGUAUUAUGCCUUUGAAAGUAUCUGUGAUAGCAGGGUGUGAUUUGUCAGAAAACCAGAAGGGGGGAUAUGUUUCAGAUUUUAAGCAAUAUCAAUGGAAUAAUAUUAAACUGUGAUUAAAAUUAGGUGUUAAAAAUGGCAAUAUCAAAACCAGAAGGGGGGACAAUCCUCCCCAUCAAAAUCCCCCCCUACAAAUCACACCCUGUGUGAUAGCACCUUUAGUGUUCAUAAUGGAUCAUAUAUGAACGAUUCAGAAAACUGCUAAGUAGCUGCUCAAACUUAAGAUGCAUUUAUACUACCAGAAAAUGGUCCACUUACAUAAUAGGCCUUUAGAUCUGUAGUGUGCCAAUGGCCCACUGACCAACAACACAGGCAGUAUGUUCUAGGUUUACAUUUACCAAAAUAUAAACAUAUAUUCAUUGUUUUUGUGUGUUCACGGUUAUGCUUUUUCUCCAACCACAACUUCAACUCAAACUUUUGUACUUUUUAAGACUUCUUGAAACAGAUGUUUAUAUCUCAUUUACAGUGUAAUUUACCGUAAUGGCUUUCAGUUGUGCACUGCAAACAACAAUAUUACGGUAAAUUGUAAAACAGCCAGUCAUCUGUUUCAUCUCUUGGUGCAUUUGUAUUUUUGAACAGUCAUGUAAUAUCCUUCACAGAUCAGCCUGCGAAGAUCCCAGGCUCUGUGGCAGGACUGGGCUGAGACAAAAAAGAAAACGGUUUGGGCAUUUUGUCUUAGACCGGCCUCUAAACAUAUAUACAGUAUAUGGGAGCUGGGUGGCUUUCAUGCCAUAUUCCCAUUGGUUCAAGUCCACUGUAUAUAUUGAAGACAGACCAAUGGGCUGUCCUCCUUAAAAUGUUGGCCAAUCUAUUAGAACAACAAAAACAACAACAACAAAGUAACAAGACUAAUGGCCUCUUCUGACCGUCAUCCCACUGGUAAAUGCCCUUUAUGCCGGAUGGCCAGUCCAGCCCUGUUCUGUGAUAAUGGUUCCUUGAUAAUAGAAGGAAACGGAUAUGAUGUCGCACUUUGCUUUAAUGGCUGUUCCCAUUUACUCUCCCUCCCUCCUACUGCUACAAACUCCUCUGCGUUGGCCCUUUUUCUGUAGUGCAUCACUGAAAACAAAGCAACUCUAAUGGGCACUGCCACGUCCUUUAAUCUAAUCUGCGCUAGAAUUUGGCUUCGGGAACGCAUCAUUAUGGCUGAAGGGCUGAUGGAUUGUAUUUCUUUUCUGACGUAGUGCUGCACGAUUCAGCGUUGAAAUUAGAUAUCAGCUUCACCACCCCGUUUGGUCAAGGGCAGUGGUAGAAGAGACAGGGAAAGAGGUGGCUGUGUACGGUACUCUGUAUUGAGUAGGUUUGUAUCAAUUGUGUGUUCAAAGUUGAUCACAAAUGGCCCUACCGUGACUCUAACAGUAGGGCACUGGGCUGCUACGCCUGCAACCCGGGUUCGAAUCCAGCCUGGGUCCUUUGCCAAACCUUCCCCAUCUCUCUCUCCACUCGUUUCCUGUCACAUCUCUCACUGUCCUAUCAUAACACUAAUAAAAGAUUGAAAAAAGUUCAUCACAAAUGGCCAUCUCCAUUAAUGCAGUGUUUCCUGUAGAGAGGCACCAAGGCUUUAAAGGCCAAUACGCUUUAAAAGACUCAUUCAUGCCCUUCCCUGCCAUUAAACACUGGUGCUCUAUCACUUGCCCCUGGUGAAGCCAUGCAGGCAUUGCAGUCAGCGCAUCUUAACAAGUUUGCAAACAAAAUAAAAACUAACUUUCAUAACUAAAACACACAUCCAUGCCUAGCCUACACCCAUGGUCAUUGUGUCUAAAAGCAAAGGCCUAUAGCAGUACGGGACUGUUAGCUGAUUUGUGGUUGAAUAAUGCUGUUUUUUUAACUCAUGUGCUUCAUGUCAUGUCGCACGCACACACAUACACACACACACGAAUGCAUGCACGCACGAACACGCACACACACACACACACACACACACACACACACACACACACACACAGCUUUCUUCAUCAUCACCAGUCACUUUAUCCAUAAAUAAUGCAUGCCUUCCACUCUGUGCCUUUUAUGAUAUUGCCCUACACUAUUUUAUUAUUAUUAUUUCUGGCUGCGCUUCAAGAUUCAUCAUUACUUAAGAUGGAUUUUCAAUUGCAACACACACACUCACACACCCAGAACAGGCAUUUCUCUCCAUGCCCAUGUAUCUGCCUCGCACUGCACUUACGUACGCAAGGACCAUUGUAGAAAAAAAUAGCAAGACAGAAAUAAAGAUAU